AUGUGGGCGCAAUGGCAGAAGCCGCUGGUCUACGACACGGAGGCGGCGUCAUGGAAGUCCUGCGAUCCAGCACAGCUGGGGAGCUCCGUCUCCUCCGUGUUAUCGGAACUAUGGAGUACAGAAGCAGAACCACAGGUACACCUCGUCCCCGUGCCGAGCUCCGCCCAAACCCCUAGCGCUAGCAGCGGCAGUGGCAGCGGUUGGUCUGGGCUAUGGCUUAGCAUUACCGUCGGCCUUGGACUAUCAGCGCUGUCGGCAGGCAUGUGUUAUGCAGCGUGGGAGAACUACCACCGCAGCGCGUGCCUGCGAACCUACGGCCGGGACAUGACGGCGUUGGCCCGCCGGAUGGACCCGGUGAUCGGCCGCGACGACGAGAUCGACCGCGUCGUCUGCAUCCUCUGCCGCCGGACCAAGAACUGCGCCGCGCUCGUCGGCGCCGCGGGGGUCGGAAAGACCGCCAUCGCCGAGGGCCUCGCUCAGCGCAUCGCCGCCGGGACUGUGCCCGCGGCGCUCGCCGGUGCGCGCGUGGUGGAGGUCGACCUCGGAGCGAUGGUGGCCGGGACCGUGUUGCGCGGCAUGUUCGAGAAGCGCAUGAAGAGCGUGAUCAAGGCGGCGGAGGAAGCCCACGGCAAGGUGAUCCUCUUCUUCGACGAGAUGCACACGCUCCUCGACGCCGGGAGCUCGCGCGUUUCGGACAGCGGCAACAUGCUCAAGCCGGCACUGGCCCGUGGCCGCGUCCGCUGCGUGGGCGCUACCACCUACGAAGAGUACCGGAAGUAUGUCGAGAAGGAUCCGGCGCUCGAGCGGCGGUUCCAGAAGGUGCACGUCGAGGAGCCCAGCGAGCGGGCAACCGUUGCAAUCCUGCAGGGGCUAAAGCCGCGGUACCAACAGCACCAUGGCUCGGAGAUUCAGGACGAAGCUCUCGUCGCCGCCGCGCACCUUGCUGCCCGCUACGUCACCGACCGUCAGUUCCCAGACAAGGCAAUCGAUCUGAUCGACGAGGCGUGUUCCACCAAAAAGCUCCAGCAGGACGGCUGCGAACCAGAGAAGAAAUCAACUAUUGGUCCGGAUGAUGUUGCACGUGUUGUCAGUCGAUGGACCGGGAUCCCUGUCACUGCACUUGAUCAAGACGAGAAGCAUAAGUUGAUCCACCUAGCGGACAGACUGCACCAACGAGUUGUUGGUCAAGAUGAAGCCGUAAAUUUGGUUGCGCAAGCAUUGCUACGUUCCAGGGUUGGCCUUCGUCAAUCUGGCAAACCAAUAGGCUCUUUUCUAUUUUUGGGCAUGACCGGUGUCGGAAAGACUGAGCUUGCAAAAGCUUUGGCUGAGCAAUUGUUUGGGAGUGAGAAGAUGUUGGUUCGUUUCGAUAUGUCUGAAUAUGUUGGGGCCGGAUCUGCGUUACGUCUCAUUGGAGCACCUCCAAGCUAUAUUGGCCAUGAAGAGGGUGGUCAGCUGACCGAGAAAGUGAGGAGACGCCCGUACAGUGUUAUUCUUUUCGAUGAGGUCGAGAAGGCAGACCCAUCGGUAUUCGACAUUUUUCUUCAACUCCUCGAUGAUGGCAUAUUAACAGAUGGCAAAGGACGGACCGUAGAUUUUAAAAACACCAUCAUCAUCAUGACCUCAAAUCUAGGAGCAGAACACCUAACAACAGGAAUGGCUGACGAAAACACGGUGAAAACUGCACGGGGUCUUCUCAUGAAGCAGGUUCAAAAGUUCUUCAAGCCGGAGUUUCUGAACAGACUAAGCGAGCUUGUGAUAUUUGAGCCUCUUUUAAUCAACAACCUAAGGCAAAUUGUGAAAAUACAGAUGAAUAGCGUCGUUGCCAUAGCAGUUGAAAAGGGUAUUUCUGUAUUAACAAGUGAAGCAGCAUUGGGCGUUAUUCUGUCAGAAUCAUACAACCCUAUGUACGGUGCAAGGCCCAUAAGAAGGUGGAUCGAGAAGAAUAUAAUGACAAUGCUGUGUGAAAUGCUGGUAAAAGAAGACGCGAUGGAAGGCUCGACAAUCUUAAUUGAUGCUACGGACAAUAAGAAGAGUCUGAAAUAUGAAGUGUCAGGGCAAGAGCCCAGCCGCCGGUGA